GGCAGCCGGGUGAACCCAUCACUCCAGCAGCAGCACAACAACAACGUUCAGUAACCACCCAAAAAGACGCCAGUUUAACCAGUUACUCCUAUUAAACGAAGCUACCCUGAUGCCCACCGGAUAAACCGAACUUUGAGCAAGAUGUCAGCUCAAAGUCCCAAUCCUGGGAGUGCAGCAUCCCCGAUGGGUCCUCCCCAGCAGUCUCUAUCUCCUAUGCCACCACCCCAGGCUACCUCCCCAGCUGUAGGUCCACCUCAGGCUCUAUCACCAAUGGGUCCACCUCAGGCACCUUCACCUAUGGGCCCACCAGUAAUGUCCCCAGGUCCUGGUGCUGCACCUACUCAGCAAGGGCCACCGGGUGGCCCUGGCAUGUCACCUGGCCCUCAUCUUUCCUACCCCCAGGGUACACAAGGCAGCCAUGGCUGGCCACAGUCCCCUGCUUCGUAUCCCAACAACUAUUCUUCACCUCAGCAAUCACAACAGGGAUCGUCAGGCAGUCACUACCCUGCCCAAGGUGGCACUGGUGACCCUCCUGGAGGUCUACCUCCAUCAAGUGGUGGAGGACUGAAUGGCUCAAGUGGUGGAGGCUUCCAGCAGGAGAACCUUAAUGCACUACAGAAAGCCAUCAACACAAUGGAGGACAAGGGCUUGCAGAAUGAUCCCCGUUAUGCUGAUUUAGUUAACAUGAAGGCUAAAUAUAAUAUGAAUAUGGGGCCACCACCUCCAGGAAGUGGAUCAACAAGUGGAGGUAGUGGUCCAUCAGGACCUGCUGGUGGGCCGGGCUAUGGCCCUCCAGCAGCAGCUGGCCUAGACGCACAAAGAGCAAGCUUGCUAAACCCCUCACAGAUGCAUCAGUUGCGAGCACAAAUAAUGGCCUAUCGUUGCAUAGCUCGCAAUCAACCAGUUCCUAGUCAUGUUUCUGCGUUGGUUCAGGGACGUAGGCCUGAACAAGACCCCAAUCAACCACCUGGACCUGGUCUUCCUGGACCCCCAGGUCCACCAACUGGACCCCCUACUGGUCCUCCCACUAGGUCCCCAACUGGACCUCUUACUGGUCCUCCUGGUCUACCUGGUCCACAGGGACCACCAGGGCCACCAGGACCACCGGGGCCACCCAGUAUGCCAUAUGUAAGACAUCCUGUAGGGCUGAUGACAGGAGUGCGAGCGGCAUACAACGGCACCGGUCCACCACACACACCACCACCACCACCACUGCCUGGGGUUAUAACUUCUCAACCAGUAGUAACUGGUCCUCUACCAGGCACUAUACCAAGACCUCAGGUACCACCCCAGAGUACUGCACCAACACACGUACCCACACUGGGUGGCAAGACCAUCCGCAUCACACCCAUCGCUAAGCCGGCCGGGGUCGAUCCUCUGCUACUUUUACAAGAAAGAGAAUACAGGUUGGCUGCACGUAUUGCUUAUCGAAUCGAGGAAUUGAGUGACCUUCCAGCAACUAUGACAGAAGAUUUGAAAGUGAAAGUUCAGAUUGAGCUUCGAGCAUUACGUCUCCUCAAUUUUCAACGCCAGCUAAGAGCUGAGGUUGUCGGCUGUAAUCAAAAAGAUACAACGUUAGAAACAGCAAUUAGCAUUAAGGCCUAUAAGAGGACCAAGCGGCAGGGACUGAGAGAAGCUCGUAUCACCGAGAAGUUAGAGAAGCAGCAGAAACUGGAGGCUGAUCGCAAGAAACGUCAGAAACAUCAAGAAUAUCUCAAUGCAGUUCUUCAGCACGGUCGAGAACUGAAGGAAUACCAUCGUCAAAAUAAUCAGAAGAUAAAUAAGUUAAACAAGGCACUGUUGACACACCACGUGAACGCUGAGAGAGAGAAGCAGAGAGAACAGGAGCGUAUAGAGAAGGAACGCUUGCGCCGCCUCAUGCUGGAGGACGAGGAAGGUUACCGCAAACUGAUUGAUGAAAAGAAAGAUAAACGUUUAGCCUACCUUCUUACGCAGACUGAUGAGUUCAUUGCCAAUCUGACAGAGAUGGUCAAGGCUCAUAAAGAGGACCAGCGACUCAAGCAUCGAGAGGAACGCAAGAAAGCUCGGGAGGAGCGUCGUCGUGCACGCGAGGCAGUCGUCGACAGUGGUGAAGAAGGUGAUACCAUAAAACGACAUAUUCCAGUUAUGGAAUCCACUACCGGAGCCAUUGUUAGUGGCAUGCAAGCUCCACUUGAAGAAAAUCUUGAAGCUUUCUUGGCUGCCAAUCCUGGUUGGGAAAUUCUGCCUGAAGAUGAUACUGACUCUUCUGAUGAUGAAGAUUCUAAACUAGAAAAGGAGACUGAUGGAGAGAACACUUCAGAAGAUAAAAAAUCCACCUUGGAUUUAGAGGGUAAUCCCCAGGAGGUGGUGAAGAAAGCCAAGGUAGAGGACGAUGAGUACAAAGACGCAUCUGGAGAGAAGAACUACUACUCCAUAGCUCACACUAUCAAGGAGACGGUCACACAACAAGCCAAGAUGAUGGUUAAUGGACUGCUGAAGGAAUACCAGGUUAAGGGCCUGGAGUGGCUUGUCUCUCUCUACAACAACAAUCUGAAUGGCAUCCUGGCCGAUGAGAUGGGUCUGGGUAAGACUAUCCAGACUAUCGCACUUCUCACCUACUUGAUUGAGACCAAGAAGAACAACGGACCCUAUCUCAUUAUUGUGCCGCUCUCCACCAUAUCUAACUGGGCUCUGGAAUUUGAAAAGUGGGCCCCCACAGUUCAGGUGGUUGUUUACAAAGGGUCGCCUCAGGUUCGUCGCAUCGUACAGAGUCAGAUGAGAGCGACCAAGCUGAAUGUGCUGCUCACUACAUAUGAAUAUAUUAUAAAGGACAAAGCAGUGCUGUACAAGCUGCGUUGGAAGUACAUGAUCAUCGAUGAGGGUCACCGCAUGAAGAACCACCACUGCAAGCUAACACAGACGCUAAACACAUUCUACAAUGCACCACAUCGCUUGCUGCUGACUGGUACACCUCUGCAGAAUAAGUUACCGGAGCUCUGGGCUCUCCUUAACUUUCUUCUACCAUCAAUCUUCAAGUCUUGUAAUACAUUUGACCAAUGGUUCAAUGCUCCCUUUGCAACUACAGGUGAAAAGGUUGAAUUAAAUGAAGAGGAAACUAUCUUGAUCAUUCGACGUCUGCACAAAGUUCUGCGACCUUUCUUACUGCGGCGUCUCAAGAGAGAAGUGGAGGCACAAAUACCAGAUAAGGUUGAAUAUGUCAUCAAAUGUGAAAUGUCAGGACUGCAGCAUGUGUUGUACCGGUCCAUGCAGACCAAAGGUGUUAUGCUGUGUGCUGAAGAUAAGAAAGGACAGAAGAGAAACACAAAGGCUCUCAUGAAUACUAUCAUGCAGCUUCGUAAACUUUGCAACCAUCCCUUUCUCUUCCAGCACAUUGAAGAAGCUUACUGCAAUCAUACUGGCUUUGUAGGAGGUGUUGUUCAGGGUCCGGAUCUAUAUCGAGCGUCUGGUAAGUUUGAGCUUCUAGAUCGCAUCUUGCCCAAACUGAAGACCAGUGACCACCGGGUGCUGCUCUUCUGCCAGAUGACGCAGCUUAUGACUAUUAUGGAAGACUAUCUCAUGUACAAAGGCUUCAAAUACUUGAGACUUGAUGGAACGACUAAAUCGGACGACCGUGGUGAGUUAUUACGCCUGUUCAACACAUCAAGAGACUACUUCUUGUUCCUGUUGUCGACCCGCGCAGGUGGUCUAGGUCUCAACCUUCAGUCUGCCGAUACUGUCAUUAUUUUUGACUCGGAUUGGAACCCUCACCAGGAUCUUCAAGCCCAAGAUCGUGCCCAUCGUAUCGGCCAGAAAAAUGAGGUGAGAGUGCUGCGGUUGAUGACAGUGAACACAGUUGAAGAACGCAUCCUGGCUGCUGCUCGGUACAAACUGAACAUGGACGAGAAGGUGAUCCAGGCUGGCAUGUUCGACCAGAAGUCGACUGGAUCUGACCGACGUCAGUUCCUCCAGGCCAUCCUCUCCAACGAUGAUGAUGACGACGAGGAAGAAGACGAGGCACCGGACGACGAGACCAUCAACCAGAUGAUCGCUCGUGGGGAAGAUGAAUUUGAGUUGUUUCAGAAAAUGGAUGAAGAACGACGGAAGGAGUCAUCCAGACCUCGUCUCAUGGCGGAGGACGAGUUGCCUGAGUGGAUGUUGAAGGAGGAAGAUUCCGACGAGCUAGAGGAGGAGGAGCCGGAGGAGCUGGGAGAUCGUCGUGCUCGCUCCAAGAAGGAGAUUGACUACACUGAUAGUUUAACUGAGAAAGAAUGGCUCCGUGCUAUUGGGGCUGUUGAAGAAGAUGGGAAAGAGGCCAUGGAAGAAGAAGAGAAGGAAGUCACAAGCAGCAAGAACAGGAAAGGCUCUAAGUCGAAGCGUAAGCGACAGGAAGACCAGGAAAGCGAAGAUGACCCCAAGCCAAGGAAACGAGGACGACCUGCCAGGGAGAAGCAAGCGCCCAAGAACACUGCUCUUAUACGACACUUAAGACGACUUAUGGAUAUUGUUAUUAAGUUUGAAGACAGUGACGGCCGCGUGCUGAGUGAACCCUUCAUGAAGCUGCCAUCUCGCCGUGAACUCCCGGAUUACUUUGCCAUCAUCAGGAGGCCUAUAGACAUAUGCAAGAUUCUGAGUAAAAUUGAUGAAGGAAGAUAUGAAGAUGUGAAUGACUUACAGAGCGCCUUCAUGCUUCUGUGUCGCAAUGCUCAAGAAUACAAUGAAGAAUCUUCUAUUAUCUAUGAGGACUCUGUGGUAAUGCAGAGCGUCUUUGUUAAUGCUCGUGAGCGUGUAGAGGCAGAGGUGGAGACACUCCACGAUGAAGGAUUCACUUUCCUCUCCCAUAAACCUUAUACAGUGGAACGACGGGUAAAGGCUUCAUCGGUUAGCGCCAAAAUCGGCUCGCUUUGGCGUGAAAAUAUUGGCUCGGCUAAUGCCAAAUAA